GCCCCUCCCCGGCUCUGACAUCACCGGCCAGCCGGGUGGAGUGAGGCGGCACUGGGCUCGGGCUCCGGCUCCGCGGGCGGAAGAGGCGGCGGCGGCGGCGGCGGCGGCGGGAGCCAAAGAGGAGGCUCCGGACGCUACUCAGGAACCGGGGACCCGGGAGUACCCGCGCCCUGAGCGCUCAGCUCCAGAGGCGUCAUGGCUGAGUACGGGACCCUUCUCCAGGACCUGACCAACAACAUCACCCUUGAAGAUUUGGAACAGCUCAAGUCAGCCUGCAAAGAGGACAUCCCCAGUGAAAAGAGUGAGGAGAUCACUACUGGCAGUGCCUGGUUUAGCUUCCUGGAGAGCCACAACAAGCUGGACAAAGACAACCUCUCCUACAUUGAGCACAUCUUCGAGAUCUCUCGCCGUCCUGACCUACUCACUAUGGUGGUUGACUACAGAACCCGUGUUCUGAAGAUUUCGGAGGAAGAUGAGCUGGACACCAAGCUAACCCGUAUCCCCAGUGCCAAGAAGUACAAAGACAUUAUCCGGCAGCCCUCUGAGGAAGAGAUCAUCAAAUUGGCUCCUCCACCGAAGAAGGCCUGAGCAAGGGGGAGGAAGAGGAGGAAGGUUGGACCUACAUCAGACCACUUCCUUCCCCCAUCCUCCCGGAGAGGGGACAAGCCUCUCCCCCAUCUACCCACUUACUAACCUGGUCCUAACCCCCUUACUGUGCGCGUGUGUGUGCGUGUGCGCACGCUCUGGCUGUAUGUCUGUAUGUCUAGCUCAUCUAGUUCCUCCUUAUGAGGGGAUGGGGGUCAGGGGCUGGAGGGGGCUUAGUUUCCCCACUCUAGGAAGACAAGAGGUGGGGGCUAUUUCUAUGCAAAUAGAAAUCAGCACAUUCCUCUUACUUCCCUUUCCUCCACUCUCCCCCCACAUCUUUUAAAGUAUGGAAGUAGAAGGGACCUGCAUUUUCCUACACAGAGGAGCUGAGGUGGGGGUGAGAUGGGAGAGGUAGAUGGAUCCAAGGAAAAGCAGUGGGGAGGGAAGGUGAAGAGACCACCCAACUCCCACCUGGAAGGGGCAAAGAAAAGCCAGAGUUCAGUAUUGUACCCUCAUGAUGAACUGACUGAAGACUCCAGUUUCUUGCUGUUCCUCAGGUUGGAGGGCCUAGGUGCCAGCAGUCCCUUUCUGCUCCCCUCUCAUGGGCCUAGGAUGGGUAUGAGCCAGGGAUCUAAUGAGAAACCACUGGAUCCUUUCCUGAUCCCUCAGAUCAAACCCAUGGAGCAGCCAGCAUUAGAUGCCCCACCCACUUGUGUUCUGCAGAGACUAUGCUGGGAACGUACACCACUGAGCCUGAGAUGGGGAUGAGGGCAGAGGGAGGGGGCCCCCUUUUUCCACUCCUUUAUUCCUACACAGACUGUUGCAUAUACUGACUCCUAACCUAGGGAAAUUGAGGAAUGAGAUCCUUAGGUUUUCACCCCAAUCCUGCCCCUACCUACAGUAAGGUCCCAAUGUGAUCUUUGCAGGCAACAGGCAACCUUCCCUUUCUCCUUGGUCUAGAACAUCCCAAGCCAGAAAGAAGUGAACUACAGUGUUUUCCUUUGCACUGAUCCCCACCACAUUAAUCCAGGAGGGGAGUUAGUAACCUUUCUCGCUCAGUAUCCUGGACCCUUGGGCUUGUGGAUGCCUCUUAGCCAAGUCACUGGAGUACAGUGAGUGACCCCAGCCUCCUGCCUGUCCCAAGAUGCCCCUCCCCACCCCGACCGUGCUAACUGUGUGUACAUAUAUAUUCUACGUAUAUGUAUAUUAAACCCGCACUGCCAUGUCUGCCCUUUUUUUGUGGUGUCUAGCAUUAACUUAUUGUCUAGGCCAGAGCAGGGGUGGGAGGGGAAUGCCACAGUGAAGGGAGUGGCAGAGUCAAAUUGCUACAUAGUCCAAACAAAAAAGAAAACUUUAAAAAAAAAAAAUUAAACUCACAUGCAAUCUCAGAGACUAUUUAGAGAAAGUUGAAGUUAGAAGCUUUUAUGAUGUAGGAGCAAACCUUUAGUGGGAAGGGAGGGCUGGCUGUUGGAAGAAGGAAGAAGCCAGACUGGUUAGAGAGUACCCUCGACUCCUAGCCUGAUCCACACUGCCCAUCCCCUCUGGCCACCGAUGCGGACACCUGCCUUAACACACACACUUUGAGGACUCCACGGUUUUGCCUUAAAGGACCUUCCCAAGUAGUCUCCCUAGCCCUGUCUGGCUUCUCCUUUAAGAGAAAGAUACCUGUAGAAUUGGGAGGGGAGAAAUUAGCAUGAACUGUCCUUCCAUUCAGGAUAUGUUAUGUGAGAGUAAGAGUGAGAAUAGGAGUCUUACUUGUGGAAGAAAUGGGAGAAGAGAGACGGGGUUAUUCUCAGCAGAAUCUAAUAGUUUCUCUGUAAGGCAAAGUAAUCUAAAAAGACUAACCUGCCCACCCACCCCUUAUAUUGCUGUGAGAUUGCCCCAUCCUGUGCUCCUCUGUCUGCAGUGUGCACGGCCUUGUUCUAACCCUGGAAUAAAGGUGAUUGAUUGUACUGUA